AUGAAGUUCUUAACAACCAACUUUGUACAGUGUGCCGUUAAGAGUUGUCAAUCAUCAACUGAUUCGUUUCCAUUGAAAUAUGAAGAAUGUCAAUUAGUACAGGAAGAACAAGAGUUCAAACCCGAGUUCAUAGUACACAUGUUGGAUAAGCUUGACUGGAAUGCUGUAAUAUCAGUAGCUAAAGAUUUGGGAAAUGAUUCACUUCCGCAAACUAAACCAGAGGGUUUGGAUCCAAUUAUGGAAGAUGAUCAAGUUGUUUUAAGGGAUCUACAUACCUUAUUGGCUAUGGUUAACUUGAGCCUAUUUCAGAAUAACUUCACCACCACCUCCACCACUAACAACAUCAACAACGAUGACAAGUCAGAUACCUUCACAUCAAGUCAUAGCACUGCUAAUAGUCGCAGCAAUAAUAGCAGCCCACCACACGGCACUAACCUGUCUUUAACUCUGAGCCUGGAAACCCGCUCAAACAGCAAUAGUCCAGAAAUGCGUCCACAGUCACGUCUGCGAAACAGGUCGAUAUCUAUAUCUCGAUUUUUAUUCAACAGAGACCAUGAUGCAUCCAACACUGCCACUACCAACGGGACUGGCAACACAUCAGAUAAUAGUUCUUCAAAAUCAACGGCAUCUGGUGCUCACUCAGAUCAUGGACACAACAGCAAUGGCCAAAAUGGAGGGAUGAACAAGUUGAAAAACAUCUUUCGUUUCCCUUCGACAUCUGUGUCCUCAUCAGACUCUAAAACACAGGCUCAAAGACAGAGGUCCAUGUCCUCUCCAUUUCGACUGAGCGCUAAGGACCUUGCUAAGAAUCACAAAAAAUCAUCAAGCAUUGUCAGCAACAAUUUACCUACGCCUCUGCCUCCUAAACUACCGGAGAUUAUUACUGAUGCACCACCGCCAGAGUCUCAUGACUUGGGAGAAGGAAUAAGUCCCGUGAUUAACUCAAAUCCCUACUUUCAACACCAGGGCCUUCCUCCACAUUUAACAUACGCCCAGCCCCAACUACAACAACAAACAAAUUUGUUAACAGCAAACAAGUCCGAACUAUCUGUAUCCUUGAGGCAUAACGACUCUGUAUAUUCAUUGACAGAGCAUGGCGUGUUGCAACCACCACCAAAGAUUCAUUACAGCCAAUCGUCAUUUUCAGGUGACGAGGACUCGGAGGAGGAUGAUAUAACCAACACCAAGAGUGGAUCAGACCAAUCGGCAUAUCUCGAACCACCAAGGUUGGAUGGUGCUCCAAUGCGCGUGGAAGGAGAAGAGGAACAAGCUGUGGUCACACCUCCGCCAUCACCAUUUCAAAAAGCUCUUCGACGUGUGGCUUCAGCACCCCUUGUGCAUAAAUUGAUGAAUGACAAAUCGACAGCAGAUGUGACGUCCCCGUCAUCUCCAUCACUUGUGAACAAACAAGAACCAUUUGAUUUGAGUAAACAUAUUGGGGAAGUUACAAUUACGGGACGUCCGCGUACAUUAACACGAGAGCGCACUUAUUCACACGCGGCCACUCGUGUUGUUGAUGUUCAGGUUGGGCCGGGAAGCUUUGAAAAGAUUAGACUUUUGGGCAAGGGUGAUGUGGGUAAAGUGUACCUUGUUCGGGAUUUACAAUCAAAUAGACUAUACGCAAUGAAGAUUCUUAGCAAAAAGGAGAUGAUUGAACGAAACAAGAUUAAACGUGCCUUGGUUGAGCAGGAGAUUUUGGCAACUUCAAACCACCCAUUUAUUGUCACAUUAUAUCACUCAUUCCAAUCAAAAAAUUAUCUUUAUCUAUGCAUGGAGUAUUGUAUGGGUGGUGAGUUUUUCCGUGCAUUACAAACUAGAGAAUCAAAGACGAUUUCAGAAAACGAUGCCAAGUUUUAUGCAGCUGAAGUAACUGCCGCAUUGGAGUACUUGCAUUUGAUGGGGUUCAUCUAUCGUGAUUUGAAACCUGAAAAUAUCUUGUUGCACCAAUCGGGACAUAUUAUGUUGAGUGAUUUCGAUUUGUCCAAGAGAAGUGAGCAUGCCAAAAACCCCGAAAUUGCGUUCAGCAAGAGUGGAUUGUCGCUAUCUUCGCCUGGUGCGUAUUCGCCACACCAUGGUCCGACAUUAGACACCAAGGCUUGCAUUGAUGGGUUUCGGACAAAUUCGUUUGUCGGCACCGAGGAGUACAUUGCUCCUGAAGUUAUACGAGGCAAGGGUCAUACCAGUGCUGUUGAUUGGUGGACGUUGGGAAUAUUUAUUUAUGAAAUGUUGUAUGGAACAACUCCAUUCAAGGGAUAUGAUCGUAAAAAAACAUUUGCCAAUGUGCUCAAGAGAGAUGUUCGAUUUGAUCUUGUCCCCACACAACAAUCAGUUUCUUCAAAUUGUAAGAAUUUGAUCAAGAAAUUGUUGAUAAAGGAGGAAGAUAAACGAUUGGGGUCGAAGACUGGUGCUUCUGAGAUCAAGAAUCAUGUAUUUUUCAAAAACACUCAGUGGGCUUUGUUGCGACAUCAGAAACCACCGAUGAUUCCCGUAUUGACUAAAUCAAAGAAACAUCGUGAUAACAAAGAUGCAGGAGAAGCAAAUGGGGUCGUCAAUGGUCACACAGGAGCAGCAGCAGGAGCAGAUACAUCUGAUGCAAAUGCAGACGUCUACUCUGUCCCCGAGGAUGAUCCUAAUGAUCCAUUUGCCAACUUCAAUUCUGUCACAUUGAGAUACAGCGAUGGUGACGAAUUAGUUGGAUUAGGUGAGGACACCACAGCAGCAGCAGCAGCAGCAGCAACAGGAGCAGAAACAACACAAGGAGAAGGAGGCUGUAGAGGAGGCGGUGGCGGUGGCGAUGGCGGUGGCGAUGGCGGUUUUGGUAAUGGAAUGACUCUUGACUCGUCAGUUGUUUACAACCCUGAAAAGACUACGGCAUACACCAGUGUCGCUUAUACCAUGACUUCAACUGAGCCAAUCACGCCAAAAAAGGGGUUUUUGAGAAGAUGA